UUGUUUGUUAACCACGCCAUAACCUACAACGACCUCUGGGCAAGCCAGCUCAAACCCGUUACAGGCAAAUGGUACCCCUGGCCAGAAGUGUACUCUGCGCUUGGCGUCAAGGGUCUCCACGGAUGCACAGUGCUAAUGAUAACCACGAAAGACGGCGUCUACCUCUCGCACAUGUUCGAGUCUCCUAUCUUCCGCAGCGGGGACGAGCCCACUGUACCCGAUGACUACUUCAUGGAUCAGACAUUCAAUGCACUGAGGACGGGCCGUACCGCACUCGACGGUGUCAAUGACCAGGUCGAACCGAUGCAAGGCCUUUGGGGAACAGACGAGCACCCCGGUCCCCUACACCGAACGAACAAUCCUCAACUCAUCAUAAUUACGCCAUUCGUGGAAAGCCGGCAACCCCAAGAAUAUGUGUACCCCCAGCGUGUGAGCUGGCUAGCUGCACAGUUUACCCACUUCUUGUACUUCCCCAGCAGCGGUGCGCCAGAAGACAAGGCACCUAUCAUUCGCGGGUACGAGCGGACGGAUUUCUGGGAGUCCAACAACGACGAUUCCGACUCUGGCAAGGCCAUUCUGGAGGUUGAAAAGUACAACAGAUAUCUGCAAAUAGGCACCCGUUUCCUCCCCAUUGGGCAAUGGCGGCUGUGGCUAUGCGGGAAGCAUGUGAUGGACUACGAAUUCUGG